AACAUCCACAACAUCAGAGAGGAAGCCUCGAGGUUGUCACUUUUUCUGGUCAAACAGGGAGCUGUAUGGCCAUCUGCUGCAACGAUGACUCACGUGAAACGAUUCCAAAGUAUCCCCAUGUCUAAGUCAAUGAGGGGUUUGUGUAAAGAGGAGGACUACGCGUUUCUGGGAGUGUCAGGAAGCUCGACCAGAGGUUCCCCAGAGGACCAGGGAGCUUUGGAGGAAAACUGGAAAGACACAAAGGAGGCGAGGGCCCGCCGGCGCUUGGAAGGGGAGCAGCAGGAAAAAGAACGACUCAGAGCAAUAGAAGACAGCAAGAAGGAAAGAGAGCAGCAGUGGAGGAGGCACAUAGCAGAAGUGACGUCCAGCCAGGAGAAGACUCUGCAGGACAGACGGACGAGACUCCACAGCUUCAGGGAGUUCCAGAGGAAGGUGUUGGCGGAGGAGGGGGGGGCGGAGGGCGCCGCCGUCCACCUGCUUGUUACCAGGAUGUAGACGCAUCCCAGGCGACGGCGUGAAGAGUUUCUUUAAGAGUCAUAGCUAUAACUGUAACAGAGCAUAAGGUUAGAAUUUACAAGUUUCCGUACAGCGUUCCAUUUAUGAGACAUGAAACCAUUUUAUUUACGUUAUACUGAAAAAUAAAGAUGUGGCAAUAGAUC